GCACGCCGCCAUCCACCUGCCUCCCCGCGGGGAUGGCCCGCCGAUGACCGUCACCGCCGCGCGCCCGAGCUGCCCUCGUCCAGGCUGCGCUGCGUCGCCCCGCGCUCGACUCCCUCCCCUGUCCACGGCGUCCCGGCCCCCGGCGACGCCAAGAGGGCGAAGAUGUGGCUGAAGCUGUUUUUCUUGCUCCUGUAUUUCCUGGUUCUGUUCGUCCUGGCCAGGUUUUUUGAGGCCAUUGUGUGGUAUGAGACCGGCAUCUUUGCUACCCAGCUGGUGGACCCAGUGGCAUUGAGCUUCAAGAAGCUGAAGACCAUUCUGGAGUGUCGAGGUUUGGGCUACUCCGGGUUGCCCGAGAAGAAAGAUGUUCGGGAGCUGGUGGAGAAGUCAGGUGACCUGAUGGAGGGUGAACUCUAUUCUGCUCUUAAGGAAGAAGAGGCAUCUGAGUCUGUUUCUAGUACCAAUUUCAGUGGUGAAAUGCACUUCUAUGAGCUUGUGGAAGACACAAAAGAUGGCAUCUGGCUUGUUCAGGUCAAUGAAUGGUCACUGAAGAUCAGAAAGGAGAUGAGAGUUGUUGACAGGCAAAUACGAGAUAUCCAAAGAGAAGAAGAAAAAGUAAAACGGUCUGUGAAAGAUGCAGCCAAGAAGGGCCAGAAGGAUGUCUGUGUGGUUCUGGCCAAGGAGAUGAUCAGGUCAAGGAAGGCUGUGAGCAAACUCUAUGCAUCCAAAGCACACAUGAACUCUGUGCUCAUGGGGAUGAAGAACCAGCUUGCGGUCCUAAGAGUAGCUGGUUCCCUGCAGAAGAGCACAGAAGUGAUGAAGGCUAUGCAGAGUCUUGUGAAGAUCCCAGAAAUCCAGGCCACCAUGCGGGAGCUGUCCAAAGAGAUGAUGAAGGCUGGAAUCAUAGAGGAGAUGUUAGAGGAUACAUUUGAAAGCAUGGAUGAUCAGGAAGAAAUGGAAGAAGCAGCAGAAAUGGAGAUUGACAGAAUCCUCUUUGAAAUCACAGCAGGAGCCUUGGGCAAGGCACCCAGUAAAGUAACUGAUGCCCUUCCUGAGCCUGAACCUUCAGGAGCGAUGGCUGCCUCAGAAGAGGGAGAUGAUGAGGAGGAUGAAGAGGACCUGGAGGCCAUGCAGUCCCGGCUCGCCACACUCCGAAGUUAGGGCCACCCAGUUGGGGCCUCAACUCUUUGGUGCCCUCCUCUAGGUGUGGGCACAGCCUCUGAGGAGUCACCGUUUCCUGUAUCUCUUGCACUACACCUCUGCUGUGAAGCAUUGCAUUUUGGAGAGGGUUCUGUGCUAGUAUAUCUUCACUGUCGGCAGAGGAUUUAAGGAUUGUUUUUAUGAAAGUGGUGUAAUCAAAUGCAUCAUUUUCAAGAGCAUAAAUAGUAGAAGUAUCUUCCUUGGGGGAGGGCAAAGAAAUCCAUUUUCUCAUGAAGCAAUUCUGAGAGGAGUCAAUUGAAUGUUGACAACUCUCUGCUGGUGUGUGUGUAAAAUACUACUUAAGUGGAUGUCAAUAAACUUCUGCUUUAGCUCUUGGUCUCACUGUAAAUGUCACAUGCAGUCAACUCAAGGUGUUGAUCUCCCAGGUGAUGUCCCAGUGUUGGCCCUGGAAAGAGGGAGUGCCAAGCCAUUGCCAGGCAUCAGAACAUGGGAGCUCAGCAGAAGUGCCUUCUGCUCUGCAGCCUGGUCCUAAUCUUCACAGGCAGGGCUUGGGGGCCACACUUGUGCGCUUGUCAUCCCUUUAACAUAUGGAUGUUGGUAAUGCGCUGUGUUGGCUGGGGACCAUGUCACACACUGGCGUAUGCAUGGGGAAUCUUUGCAACUGCUAGGCAUUCUCCCCACAGCAAGGUCGUGCAGAGCAGACAGCACUGGGAUCGGGACUCUUACACCCCAUUCUUGCUUGGAGCCAAGUGUCUUGCGUACAGGGACAUAGCCUAACCUUAAAUACCAAGAACUAACCAGCAAGAAGCUUUGGUUAUACAUUAAACAGGACAUGCUUUAGAUGCAUUGAGAAGCAACUUGGCAGUUGCACUGUGUGUCUGAGACAGUUUGAAAAGCUCUUUGGCAUACACGGUCUCAUUCAGACCUCACAGAUGGGAACAGCUGUUUGCUGAAGUCACGAACACUAAUGUACAGUGUUGUGUCUCCACCAUUAUUGUGGCACAGAAUGGCCUUGCUACCCACAAGCAAUCCUAUGCAUUCUGUGCAUCCCCUCCUUUCUGAUCCCUUGGCCUGUUUACUGCCUCCAUGGGUUUUCCUUCUCCAGCCUUCCAGACCAUCUUCCUUCAUGUGGUCAUAGGCAUUUGAAUUUCCUCUGUGGGUUCAUGACUUGAUCGUUUAGCUCUUCUCAUUGAGCAGCAUUCUGCUUUCUGGGUGUACCACAAUUUGUCCUGAAGGGCAUCUGGACUGGCUCUCAGUUUGGGAUUAUAACUAAACCUGAAGCAAUGUCUGCAGCAGUUUUCCCUGUGUGUGUGUUUUUAGUUCCUGUGGGUACCAGGGAGCUCAACCAUGUGCUCAGCACAUACUUACUUGGUGCCAAGGAGGAAGAGUUCGCCAUUCUGUGUCCUUGGCAGUAUUUGUCAUGAAGGAUUUCUGUUUUGUUGGUACCUUGUCUUAAUCUGUAAUCCCUGAUGAAGUACGCUGGGCACCUACCUGUUUUUAUACUUGCCUUCUCUGUAUUUUGUUUGAAAAUGUUGAAAUAGUGGCCUUGAACUCAUGACCUCUCUGCUCUACCACCAUGCCCAGCUUGCCACCUGUAUUUCUUCGCUGUUGGUGUUUGUUCAUUUUAUAAACUGGAUUGUUCUCUGAUUAUUCAAUUUUAAGGUCCUCUUAAUAUAUUUUGGACCAAUAGUCUAUCAGAUUUUAUCUUAUUCUCUGGUCUGUUCUCUCAUUGUUGACAGUUGCUCAAAGCUGAAGUUUUUUUUACUUUUAAUAAAACCCUGCUUCUUACUUA